GUUUGGUAGGCGUGUGUCUGUGUGUGCGUGUGUAUGUGCGUGUGCGUGUGUGUGUGUGUGUGUGUUUACUGUGUAACCAUUAGCUGCUUUGUUUCACAAGACAGUGAACCGACAGUACAGAAACCAUGGGAAGGAAGAAGAAAAAGCAAAUGAAGCCUUGGUGCUGGUACUGUAACAGAGAUUUUGAUGAUGAAAAGAUUCUUAUUCAGCAUCAGAAGGCAAAACACUUCAAAUGUCACAUCUGUCACAAAAAGCUGUACACUGGCCCUGGGCUGGCAAUCCACUGUAUGCAGGUGCAUAAAGAGACCAUUGAUGGAGUCCCUAAUGCUAUACCUGGAAGAACAGAUAUUGAGCUGGAAAUAUAUGGCAUGGAGGGUAUUCCUGAGAAAGACAUGGAAGAAAGAAGAAGACUCCUGGAACAAAAGAACCAAGAGACUCAAAAGAAAAAGCAGAACCAGGAUGACUCUGAUGAGUACGAUGAGGAUGACGAGCCCGGACCCUCCUUUCAGCUGCCCGCCGCAGGACAGCCGCAGGCCACAUACAUCCCCCCCAUGACGCAGCCUGGAAUGCCUCCUGGCUCUGGAGCACCAGGGAUACCACCAGGAAGCUACUCGGGAAUUCCCCCAAUGAUGCCAGGAAUGCCCCCCGUAAUGCCAGGAAUGCCUCCAGGGAUGAUACCAAUGGGCGGGAUGAUGCCACCAAUGAUGGCCGGGGUGCCACCAGGCAUGCCUCCUGUGGGCCACCGCCCUGGCAUCACACACAUGGCUCAGGUUCCCCCUGCUGCAAACGUCCUGACCCGACCUGCUGUUCCUGCUGCCACUGCCCCCCCGGCCCAGCCUGGUUCCUCAAAGCCUCUUUUCCCCAUUGGUGGACAGAUGGGGAGUCGCGUUGCAAGUACAAGUGCAGAUUCUCAGUCCGCCCCCCCUAAAGCUCUGUCACAAAGUCAGCAGUCAGGGUCUCCCCACCCGCCCGCCUCCUCCUCUGAUCCCUCAAAGCCCACAUUCCCGGCUUACACUCAGGCCACCGUCGCCGUGGUCAGCCCCAGCACUGCUGGCAGCAGUACGCUCUCCAAACCUCCCUCCACUGUGACCAGUAAGCCUGCCACUCUCACCACCUCCAGUGCAACCAGUAAGUUGAUCCACCCUGAUGAGGAUGUCUCACUGGAGGAGUUGCGGGCUCAGUUGCCGAGGUACCAGCGCAGUAUAUCCCAUCCAGGCCAGACCCCCACUGCUGCCCCCUCAGUGGGGGGCAUGAUGGCUCAGCAGCCCGGCAUGAGGCAUUCCAUACCUGGACAGUACGGGUGUCCACCCCAGGGGAUGCCCGGCUACAUGCCAGGAGGGAUGCCUCCAUACGGACAGGCCCCUCCUGUGGUUCCCCCUGGGUACCAGGGAGCCCCUCUGCGGCCGCCCCUGGGUAUGAGGCCCCCUGUCAUGUCUCCUGGAGCCCGAUACUGAAGCCUGCCAUCCUCUCUUCUAUAGGUUUGGACACUCAACCCUUUUCUAAUGUCCUCAACUGCUAGUAGAAACCAGUAUUGGUAUUGUAGUACCGCCACGUACUGUUUAUUCUACUACUGAGCUCUGAGGAAGAGACACUGAAUACAAAAGAGUUAUAACAGCACCACAGAGCGCAUGGGGAAUAUUUACUGUACCUAACCAAGAGUAUGAGCUGUUGUUUGAAACCAUCUCUGUUCUGUGGCUUCUUUUCCUCUCAUGUUUCAUUCAGGUGUGUAGAAGUGUAGUAGAUAUGGUUCGUAGUGUUGUGAAGGCGCUGGAGUUACAUGGGCAGUACCCACCCUUUAUCAAGGCAAGUUUUCUGUGAAUACCUUUCUGUUCUGAGCUAAACAGUGAGGCCUUCACAGCACGUAGUGCUGUUGGACUUCGUGUCCCCAACUUUGUUUGGUGAGGGCUUCAUUUAACUGUUCAUGCAUUCAUUCUGUGUUAUGUUUAUAGUUUUAAUGGAGGAGAUUCUCCCAUAACCUUAAAUACUUAAUGAAGUGGUAUAUGUAUUGUUGUAAAACUGUAUUGUAAUAAAAUGUGGCAAAAAUAAAAGACUCUUCUUUGCGGGACGUUAGUGGGGAAGAGACGUCACAGCAGGUUUGUACUCCAGUUAUAAACAUGCUCAUUGUUGUCUUUCAGCUGAAUCAACAAAAGUGCACCUCUGCUUUUAUUUGAAUAAUGCUAGUAAAUGUUUUACUUUUCAAUACAAGUAUUAACCGUUCAAAAGAUAAUAAAUAAAUGAUUGGUAGUCUGUACGUGGUGAGUGCAUUUUUCAGCUGCAUAACCCCCGGGUCGCUGUGGUGCUUAAACCCAGAUUUCUCUUCUCCCUGUAGCAAUGCCAUGGGGGACUGGCUGAGGCCGAGUCUCAGUGUAGCCCUGUUUCAGCCUGAGGCAAGUCUCACCAUUUUUCUGUCUUCUCAUUCAUUGCCAGGGGCCCUCACAGCUUAAACGCUGUUGGAUCUCAAGGUCCCCAAACUUGCAGCAAGUUUGGUGAAGGCCCUUGUUUCUGUUUUUGUGUUUUCAGGCAUGUCAGCUGAUGUGAACUAUGUUGUAUACUGCUGAGAUUGUACAGUAUGUGUCAUUGAAUCUGUAUUCUCCAUUACGUGUUGGUGGACGCAUCAGGAAGCUUGGUUUUCAUUUAAUAAUUUCAUAUCCAGUAAUGUGUAACAGCCUGUUUGUUGGGAGGUUUAUGAUGUCUGUAAAAUGGCUUUUCCACUUAAUCCUGUUUGUUUCAUCAGCUGUCCUCACUGAUCAUUUGAGUUUAACUACUUACAUGAAGGAGAACUCUACCAGUACCAGGUUAGUUAAAGCUGUAAGUACCACUGCUGUCAUUUUAACCUCCAUCGACCUGAGUUUUGUACACACACUUAUUAUUAAAUCUUAAUGUCUCAUCUUUUUGAAAAACAGAAGAUGAGCGGACAACAAUUCUAAAGUAUUUUACAUGGUGACAGCCAAACAUUCACUUUAACCUCCAGAAACAACUCGGGGCAGAAAUGUCAAAUUGAUACUUGAGUGUCAAACAUGUUUCUCUUGUUCUAGUUUAGGAUUCAUUUGAUUACCAUUUCCAUAUAAGGUUUGAUGGGUAUAACCACCAUUUCAAUUAAGGAUUAAAUGCUCUACAUGAGCAAUACAGAGUCUUCAGUGGUAAGUAUGGAUGCAUCACUCUGUUUAAUAUGCUGUGGUAGUGUUGUUUACAUGAAGUGGCUAUCUGCCCAUUCAGGUUUCAACUUUGUUUGUGUUUGCUCUUUGUAUUGUAGAUUUGAAGUUUUGUACAAUUUCAUUACGGUAUUUUGUUCCCCCAGGUUUAAUCAUUUGAAUGUUGCUGGUUCUUUGUACCGUGAAUAUAUAUAAAUAUAUUUUUUGAACUUCUUUUUAUUUUAUUUUCACAUCAGUCAUGCAGUGCAUCAAAACAAAAUCUUAUAUGACAAGUUGAAAAACAUACAAAAAGGUCAUACAGUCAUACAAGGUGGAGAUACAACACAAUAGGGGUCCAGUUAUUGAGGAAUGCUUCUGACUUAAGAUGUAAAACUGCAGUGGUAUAUUCCAUGUGAUAAACCUCUUGGACUCUAUCCCUCCAUUGAACUAUUGUGGGGGGCUGUGGCUUCAACCAGGAGGCCGUUAUGACUUUAUUUGCAAUUAGCAGAAGUGUCCUUAACAAUUUUGUGUGGCUAUCUUCCAGGAAGUCCUCGGGUACUAUGCCCAAUACAAAAUGCAUUGGUUCCAUCGGCAGGUCUAUAGACAAGCACUGCUUUAUUUCUCUUUGUAUGUUUUUCCAAUAUUCCAAUACUUUUGGGCAAUCCCAGAAUAUAUGUGUGUGAUCCCCUGGUAAGCCACAACCCCUCCAACACUCAGGCGAAGCACUACUCCACCUUGAUAUAACAAGUGGUGUUCUAAAAUACCUCAUUCUCAGCUUCCAGCCAUAUUCCCUCCAACUGGGGCCAUUUGUGACUUUAUGACCCUGUUCAAGUGAAGUUUCCCACUGUGUGUCAGAUAUUAUUGCAUUCAUCUCCAAUUCCCACUUUUCUUUAAUAUCCAAAUGAUUCUCUCCCUGAUCCUCUUGUAGUGCCUUAUAUAAAUAUGAUAUUAUUUUUAUGUCACUGUUCCCUGUAUAGUUGAAAUGAAAAUAUGCUCUAUUUUAGAUGGUGGGGAACAAAGCUUUUCCCAUUCUUUAUGUUUCUUUAGAUAGUCCCUUAUUUGUAAGAACCUAAAAAAGUCUUCAUUUGCUAAAUCCCACUUUUCUUUAAUUUGUUCAAAUGACUUUAAUACAGUUCCCUCAAAUAGCUGGUCCCGUGAAUCUUUUUGAAUGUACAUUGUUUUCCUUUAUAUGUAUCCUACUUUUGAGGUACAGUUUAUUUUUUAGGACUUAAUGAUCGAUUGUAAGCUUUAUUAGGAUUUUGUGAUUAAUGAAGACAGACACUGUAAAUACAUGCUACUGUAUGAGUAAAUAAAUAACUCCCCUGUCCAAAAUGUCUGGACAAACAACCAUAUACUGAUCCAGGCAAUACUGAACAUUACUCAACAAGAAAACUCUUUUGGAAAUAUUGAAUUCAUUAAUUAUAGUAGUGCGGCAGAUUUUCUUUGGAAAACUGAAGCUUCCUCAUUACUGUUUGUUUUAGGAUUGCUCUUUCGAAACCCUACUGAAUAUUAUUUGUUAUUUCUGCAACAAUGUUGUUCUUAAAAUAAACCAGUUCAUAACUAUAA